GAAGAAGAUAAGGUAUCAUUUAUUCAUUAUUAUUUCAAAAUAUUUUAAAUAAUUUUAAGAAUUCCAACAUGGGCUGUCAUAGCACAAAACUUAAAAAGCAUCCAACCUUUUCUUCAAACAACCAUGAAUUCGAUAAUGAAUUUACUAUCAGUUGGAGCAAGAAAAAAUUAACGAAAUCCAAAACUAAUAUAGAAAUCAAAUAAGAUAAACAGAAUUAUCGUAUUGAUAAAAAUCCAAUACUCUAAAGAAGAUAACAAAGAUAAACUUUAUCUGUUGUAUGAUUAUAUUGUUUAUUUUAUUCUUUUUUUUAAUCCCUC